AUGGACAUUUCAGCUGUAAAUGCUCUUUCUUACGAGGAUUUUGUGAACACUUUCGGUAACGUGGUGGAAAAAUGUCCUGUUAUAACAGCCGCUGUGUGGUCGAGGCGUCCGUUUGUGAGUUUAAAUGCUCUGGAGGCUGCUAUCAGUGACUUCAUCGACGAGCUCCCAGAAUCAGGUAAAGAGGGGAUCCUAAGGUGUCACCCCGACCUGGCCGGCAGGGACCUGCAGAGAGGCACCUUGACCCGGGAGUCGCGCCAGGAGCAGGCGGGAGCCGGAAUGGACGUGCUGACCUCGGGGGAAGCCGAGCGCAUGGCCCGUCUCAACGAGGAGUACAAAAAGCGCUUCGGCUUCCCAUUUGUCAUCUGCGCCCGGAUGAACGACAAAGCGAACAUCUUGCGGCAGCUGUCCGAGCGCUGCCAGAACAAGCGCGCAGUGGAGAGAGCGCGCGGCAUCGAGGAGGUGAAGAAGAUCUGCCGCUUGCGCCUCCAAAGUCUGCUGCUCAGUGAUGGCGCGAACAAAUUAUGA